UAUGGUUCCGUGCUACCCCUAGUGAGGAAAACAUAAAAAGCUGCCAAGUUUACCUGCGUAGACUGUAUGAUUUAACAAAUCACAGCCAAUAACAAGAAUCUUCAUUUCGGUUAAGAAUCUGCUCUUUGGCUGUACUAAAGCUCAAGGGAAAUGGAUCGAAAUAGUUCUGGUGGUGAUGCUGAUAAUUUUGACUGGGAUACCGAAGAUGAACUGGAAAUCGAUAAUUACGGCAUCUCCUCUAGCUCAGGAGUAUCACUUACCAAUGGGGAAGCUGUUUUGGGCACAACAGAGGUGAGCACGUCCGCAGGUUCUACGAAUUCCAAGUUAAUCGAUCAUUUUGUUGGGAUGGGGUUCUCCGAGGAACUUGUAGCGAAAGCAAUCGAGGAAAACGGGGAGGAGAACUCGAACUUGAUACUUGAAGCUCUACUUCAGUACUCUGCGAGCUCAUUGGCUAGUUCUUCCAAUUCCAAGUUGAUUGGCCAUUUUGUAGGGAUGGGGUUCUCUGAAGAAAUGGUUAUCAAAGCAAUUAAAGAAAAUGGAGAGGGAAAUACAGAUACGAUACUGGAGACUCUGUUGACGUAUUCGGCUCUUGAAAAGUCUGCUCCCGCGCAACGUGUUGAUUCUGAUAACAACUCAUCCAAUUAUGAAGGAAGCUUUCUCGAUGAUUUCACAGAUAUCGAUAGUUCUUCCGAGUCUGAGGAAAUCGUAAAUCCUGAUUUUGAUGAGACGAGUAAACUGUUAUACUUGACGAAAAUGGGCUACUCGGAGGUGGAGGCUUCCGUAGCCAUGGCGAGAUGUGGUCCGCGCUCAUCGAUUGUGGAGUUGACGGACUUUAUAUGUGCUGCUCAAAUGGCUAAGGCUGCCGAUGCACUUUUUCCAGUCGAAGAUAAGAAGUCAUUCUGCAAUGACCCCAAUUACAAGAAAAGGCGAAAUAUGGGCUAUGAUUUGUGGAAAAGAAAGAAGCAGAUGAAGCUUGAAAAGAAGCUUCUUAACGAAGAUGAUAAUGUUGUUCAUCUUCCGAAUCCAAUGAUCGGUUUCGGAGUUCCUACCGAACCAGGUCAGAUAACUCAAAGAACACUCCCAGAAGAUGCUAUUGGACCACCUUAUUUCUACUAUGAGAACGUGGCAAUGGCUCCGGUAGGCGUCUGGAGCGAGAUGUCGCGGUACUUGUACGAUGUGGGGCCGGAGUUUGUCGAUUCCAAGUAUUUUUGUGCUGCUGCACGGAAGAGGGGAUAUAUCCAUAAUCUGCCCAUUGACAAUAGAUUUCCUCUUUUUCCGUUUCCUCCCCGCACCAUUCAUGAAGCUUUUCCAUUGACAAAGAAAUGGUGGCCUUGCUGGGACCCAAGAACGAAGCUGAACUGCUUACAAACAUGUACAGCAAGUGCCAAAUUGACGGAAAGGAUACGAAAGGCUCUUGAGGCUUACGACGACGAGCCGCCUUUGAACGUCCAGAAGUACGUUCUUGAUGAGUGCAGGAAAUGGAAUUUAGUAUGGGUUGGAAGGAACAAGGUUGCUCCACUUGAACCUGAUGAGGUCGAAAUGCUUCUCGGUUUCCCUAAAAACCAUACACGAGGCGGAGGAUCUAGUCGGACGGAGAGAAUUAAAUCGCUCGGUAAUUCGUUCCAAGUCGAUACGGUGGCUUAUCAUCUUUCAGUCUUAAAGGACAUGUACCCUGGUGGUAUCAAUGUCCUGUCUCUUUUCUCCGGGAUUGGCGGCGCGGAGGUUGCCCUCCACCGUCUCCGCAUACCUUUGAAGACCGUUGUAUCGGUUGAAAAAUCGGAAGUGAAUAGAAACAUUGUUCGGAGUUGGUGGGAGCAAACAAAUCAGCAUGGGACACUAAUCGAUAUACCGGAUGUGCAAGAACUGAAUGGUGAUCGGUUGGAGCAAUUGAUGAGUAGAUACGGCGGAUUCGACCUUGUUGUCGGCGGCAGCCCAUGUAACAACCUUGCUGGAAGCAAUAGACAUCACCGGGAUGGGCUUGAAGGUAAGGAAUCUUCUCUCUUCUACGAUUAUUGUCGAAUACUAGACUUAGUUAGACUUAUGCAAAGGACUCAAUGAUUUCAUGUGAAGUGUUAUUUGUGGAUUUAUCUUGCAUGUUUAUUAUUGUCUGAACAUAACAUUUUUUUGAUUUAUAUUGUUAUUCUUAGAGG